CUUGGAUAAGACGCCGUGCAGCACCCAUCGGAGACCAUUCCCAGACCUGACCUCCGGGAAGCAUCAGCCAAGGCGAGAACUCCCGACUACUGACCAGACAGUUGUAAGAACUGUGGGUUGACAAUCGGCUGCACCGUCAAGACUUCUGCCUGUGAUAUCACUCCAGAAUCAUCAUGACUGACUACACUCUCAUCCACCCCAAGCACAGCUGGCAAUGCUGGCCCAGCCAUGGUCAUGGACACAGCGGUAGUGAUGGCAAACUGCAGCACACGGGGUCAAGCUUCAGGUUUGGUGGCGGCGGCCGUGAGGUUGAAGCACUUGAGGAUUUCCACAAAGAGAAACACCACAAGUGGCCAGUGGCGGUGUCCUGGCAGUAUAAGAACGGCACAGUGACUGGCAUCAACAACGAGACCUUCUCCGAGUUGGUCAUCCAGGAGUCCCGUGGUAACAAGAAGCUCCGCGGACAGAACAACUUCUACAACACCACGGGCAACUACUUCAAUGCCUCAGGUAAUUUCGCUAAGACAUCGGGCAACUACUACCACGCAGCCGGCACCUACGCCAACACCACCGGCAACUUCUUCCACACUUCUGGCAACUUCUUCAACGUCCUGCCCAAGAAGAACAACGAGGGCGGACAGCUCGGGGCAGGAGGGUCGGUGGACUCCAACGCGCCGGCCCUGACUAACGGGGGUGGCGCCGGCGGUGCCAGGGGAGGCGGUGGCUGCUGCUAGAUCACACACAAGCAGCUGUACACGUUCAGAUCGCUGCUAUUGAUCCCUGUAAUCUCCAAGCAGAUGUCAGCAUGAAAAAAUCUGGCUGCCAAGUACAUGUACAUCUGACACCCAACCAUUUUAGGUAGGUACAGUCAGAAAACGCUACGAUAUUCCAUCCUGACAUCUGCUCCUAGAUGGAUCUCUGUUCAAAUUUCAGUCCUUUAUUCCGAGUUCAGUGUUGUUGAUCAUCAUCAUCAUCAUCCGGGCGUGUUGUUGAUGCGACUGUCUUAACGUAUGCCAUACAUGAGAACGGUGUUGUACAAAUCCUCAGUAUUUCAAAAACACAUGUGAUGUGUUAGAAAGUAGCAAAGCUCUGAAGAGUUUUUAUACACAUGCAGACAACCAUGGGAGAAGAAUAUUUGUCUGUUUUGUAGCAAGAUAUACCAUUACAAAGAUCGCAACAGAACACAUGUAAAUACCACAGUCAAUAUAUCUAAAGUGUAAGAAGGAUUAUAUCAUUCAUCAUUAUUGAAUGUCCAUCAGCUUAACAAGGGCUAGGGGUAAAUCUUUUACAAUUAUAGUUACUUACAAGAUACAUGUACAUUGAAUUUUGCACACAAGAUGACUCUUAAGGCAAUAAAUGUAUAUUUAGUUGCAACAACGAAUUCGGAAUGUAACACAUAGUGAUGUAAUGGAUACAUAUAACAUUUUAAAAAUGUAGAUUUGCAUCAUUUUGAAGCAGCAGAUUUGCACUGUUAUUAUUGCAUUUUCCCAAGGCAUUGCCAUUAUGCAUGAAAUUAUUAAUAAAGGGUGGACUUAACAAAACAGUA